GGUGCAGGUGUUGCGCAGGUACGGUUGUGUGAAUUUACGGUUUUUCGAUGGUUUUGGCAGAAAACGAACUGACAAUGGACGAAGAAGCCCAAUUUGAGCAGGAGAUAGCAAGAGACUUUCGACAAAAGGUACAGGAGCUUUUAGUGGCAGAGGUGGAGAGAGAUCAAGUCUACGCGGCGCUCCGUAUAUACCAUGACACGAUGUCAAUAGCACAGCUGGUGGACGAGCUAAAGUUCAUCGUCAACCAUCCGAAGAAGCUGUUGCUGUUUGAAUAUGUGAGGCCUCUAGUUCCACUGAAGCACCAGACUGAGUACGACAUACUCGCUCCGCGCGCGGCAACGAGGAAGCUGAGGGUGAUCCGACUCACGCAGCGCGGAGGAGACGGAUGCGGACUUGGCUUCUCCAUCCGAGGAGGGUGUGAGCAUGGCACUGACAUCUUCGUUACCGACGUCAUACGGGAGUCACAGGCCGACAACCAGGGUCUGAGGGUUGGUGACCAGAUUGCCAGAGUCAACGGCUUUGCGCUGGACAAAAUGACGCACAACGAAGCUCUGAGUUUGAUUCGCCAGCGCACCCACCUCAUCCUGAAAGUCAGAAGCAUUGGAAUGCUACCUGUUAAAUUGUAAGUAAUAC